AUGGAUCUCUUGCCGCAGGAUUUGUUCCACUACUCGGAGAUUCACCGAGUGUUGAUAUGUACCUCUUGUCGGUAUGCCGUGCAGCCAACAGCCAUUACUCGUCACCUGAAGGAUAUACAUCAUUUGCCUAGCGACAAACGCCAGUCAUUUGUUACUUACUGGAAGAACCUGCCAUUGAAAAACCCAGACGAAGUGGAACCUCCAUUCCCACAAGACUUCCCAGUCUCUUACCUCCCACUCGAGAAAGGAUGGCAAUGCAAUUCCCCUGGCUGCUACUAUCUAUGCGCCUCAAAAAAGCGCAUGGAGACUCAUUGGCCUGCGGAGCAUGGCCGUAAAGGUAACCCAAGCCGUGAUUGGAGUCCCACAUUAUUGCAGACAUUCUUUCGGGGUAAUAUGGUCAAGUACUUCACCAGAGAUUCCAGAUCUCUCCUCGCUGCGGUACAUGUAGUCCAUGUAAAGUCUCAGCAUACAAUAGUCAAGGACCUUGGAGACAGCGAUAAUCUGCAAUUCAAACGAAAGCGCAUUGGCGAUAUUCAAACCAAGUACAAUUUGGACUCAAUAGACUCUUGGAUUUUGGAAUAUUACUGGACCUCUGCAUAUAUUAGCCUUGGAAACGACCAUGAGACGGAAUACAUCUGGUCAAAGGUCGUUCCGGACUUAGCAUAUAGUCAUUCAUUUCUGUUACACGGUCUGCUUGCCUGUACCGCUCAAUGCAUGACCCAUAUGAACUUCCCGCAGCAGCGAGAAGAGCUCUUGCUACGAGCUUGUUCACACCAGAAUUACGCCCUCCCGGCCUUUAGAAAAGCAAUCGAUAACCCCAAGAAAGACUCUCUGCUGCUUGUCGAAAAUGAUGUCGAUUGUUCCAAUGGAGACUCAAUAGUGCCACCGUGGCUUUUCUUUCUCCGGGAUGGUUGUGUGAUGCUAUGCGACGUAUGGGAUACAAUUGAAAAAGGGCCUGUAGCUAGGCUCGCUGCUGCAUGGGAAUUGGAGAUGUAUAAGGGCAAUAGGCCCCUACCCUACUGGUCGCACUUCAAAAAUGUCGCGCGAGAGGCUUCUAUAUGGUCAAAAGAGGAAGGUCGUAUAUACGGCGAUGCAGCCCUUCUUCUAGCGAAGUCAUUUGCCACCAUGGAAUAUGAUCAGACGGAUAUUUUUUUCAACACGUGGAAAAUCCUUGGAUCAUGGCCGAUGCGGGUGGAGUCUGAAUUCAUGACCCUCCUUUACAGGCGUCACCCUGGAGCUUUGAUACUGCUGGGACAUUACUGUAUUAUCCUCAGGUAUAUGGAGGGUUACUGGUAUUUCCAAGGAGGUGCAGCAAAGCUCAUGUUAUCGAUUAUGAAUGUUCUGGAAGAGAGUUGGCAUAAAUUCAUCCGAGAGCCGGUGGAUUUGAUUUUAGGGACUGGAUUCUUACAUGAAUGA